CUGCUGUACCCGGACAAGUAGUAAUUAAACGUUUUUCAAAAGACCAAUGUAAAUUUAAUCCUUGUUUAAAUGGUGGAAAGUGUGUAGCUGGAAAGACAGCUUGUGAUUGUCCUUCUGGAUGGAUGGGGAAAUAUUGUCAUAGACGUUGUAGAAAUAUUUAUCAAAGUUGUGACAGAUGGGCAAUGGAAGAAAAAUGUGAACUUGUUAGAACACAAACAAAUUUUUUUGAUAUAAAUUGUGCUGUUUCUUGUAAUUUAUGUAUUCCUGAUCCAGCUAUUAGUAUUUAA